UUUUGACAGAGGGAGGCAGCGGGAGAAGAAGCCGCAGAAGAAGAAGCAGGCAGCGGAUGUGUCCGGGCUGAAGGAUGCCCGGGAUAAUGUCACCGGUCUGUUCUCUCUCUCCCCGGUUCGCAUCAUGAUAAACGCUGCUGGAGCGGUGGUCCGCAGGAUGCCGUCGGCGGCCCGGCGGAGCGGGUGCUGGAUAGCGUGGUGCCAGGCGAUGCUGCUCGGCGCCUCGGCUCUGGUUAUCGUGGCCGAACGGAGCGCUCUUAUCUACUGUAUAGGGUUUUACCUUUGGAAUGAAGAGACGCAGUGGGCGGGCCUCACUCUCGGCCUCUUUCUACCGGGGACAGCAGUCCAGCUUUUAAGUGUGAAAUGGUACUAUGAUGAUGGCGAUGGCAGGCGAUGUUACCUCUCUGUCAUACACAUACUACACUUGGGCAUCUUCAAGAGGUUGUGGGAUUGCAUGAGGUGUGUGUUGCGCAUGCAGGGCUCGGUGGCAGAGCUCGGAGCGGCUGUCAUGCAGCAGGCAGAUGUUGCUGCCCUUUGGCUCCUGGAGGCCCUGGUCCUUACGCUGCCUCAGAGCCUGCUGCAGGCGUACGUCGUGGUGUCUACUGACGUGGGCAUCAUGUCACCAGUGGCCUAUUGCUGUGGUUUAUGUGUGCUGUCCAUUUCCUGGGCCCUGGUGCUGUACAGCCGAGCCUGCUGUCUGAUUCGCCCGGGCCACCUGGCCAUGCCUCCAGCAGCCCUGCUGUGCCAGCUGGUGUGGAGGGCAGGGAUGCUGGGUGCCAGGGUGACCUGCCUCAUGUUCUUUGCCAGGGUCUUUAACUGGUGGGUCUGUGGAGUAGCAGGUUUUCACUGGCUCACGGCCUCCUUCUGGCUGGUAUCACAGCAGCCUGACAUCUGCACUGGUCCCUGGUGUUGGCGUGCCUUUAAUGGCAUCAUGGGGCUUGUCCAUGUCUUCCUCUUCCUGAAUGUCAAAGAUGGACCCUCGCGCUUCCGCAUGGCCAGUUUUUAUGCAUUCAUGCUUGUGGAGAACGCCACCCUGCUGCUGGCCGCCUCCGACUUCCUGAGCGAAGCAUCGUGGGACAGCAUGACCCUUCCCACCACUGUGCUGUGCAGCUUUCUCCUCGGUGCUACCUCUCUGGUCCUGUACUACCGCUUCCUCCAUCCCAAGUCCACAGAAAUCUCCCAGGGAACACACCACAACCACAUGGGCAGCACUUGCAUCGAACAAGGAGAGUCCUCCUUCUCUCUCGGGGACAAAAGUCUGCCAGCGCCCUCCUUUCCAAACCACGGCAGCUUCUCCCUCUCAGGCGUGGCUGGUUCUCUGCUGGAGCACCCAGGGAACUGUGGCGGCCGACCGAACACCUCCUGCCCUUGCUACCACCACCACUGGCUCUUGAUCCGUCUGGCCCUCAAAACAGGAGACCUCGGUAAAAUCAACAGGGCGUACGGGGCAGGCGGAGCAGCGGCCAUACUGGACAUGGAGGAGUACAACCAAGAGUUUAAAAGUAAUGAAGGAAUGACUAUUACGGCUGGAGGCAGCUGUGAGGGCAUCUCUACCUCUGAGUCCCAGGGGAAGGGCCUGGCACCCCUCUCAGACUGCAAAGAUGAGUUCCAGAGUGUAAGCGAGCCCACAUCAACUGAGCAGCCUGAAGAAGAUAGCAGUCUGGAAAUGGAGAGCCCGAUGGAGUCCCCCACAUCAGAUUUUAAACGCAGCUCGCCAGAGGGUAAAUCCGUGUUUGGAGACAGUCCGGAGCCAUAUUUCUGCCCUACAGAAUCAAGUUCAACCUUAUACUUCAGCGCCGAUCCCCAGUCUCCCAGCAGCGGAAGUAACCCCCGUUUGGACCGGGACAUUGGUGGUCUGGAGCAGGGGGUCCGCCUCAACUCCAUCCCUAGUGAUCCAGCCCUUCACAGAGACGUCCGUGGACUCCUAGGACGAGUCGGCCCACGUUGCACUUCAACUCCGAAACUGGACUCCGGAGCGUUGGACUCCCCCUCCAGUGUCCCUCAUCUGACAGGCCCAAGGAGGCAGCUCAUAAUGUCCCAAAGAGAGGAUGACGAUAACUUCUAGUUUUCUCAUGGCAGAAUCAGGGAACAGCAACUUAUUCAACAUUAAAGGGGCACACCAGCUUUUUGGGAGGCUGCUUUUUCAUCUGCUCAGUGUUGUAGGAUGAGAAAGCUGGCAGUAGUUUCACCUCUUUACGUCUAUAUAAUGAAUACACUGUGGGGCACAGUGUAUGCAACAAUUUUGUAAUAUCCUAAGCUAACUUGUACUCUUCUCAAAUGAUAAUCUGUUUGAUAAAAAGCAUUGCUUUGCCCAAAUGCUGGAUACAUGGAGGUGAAGCAUUCAGGGUUGUGGUCAUUAGACAUGGAGAAAAGAGCCAAUUGGCCACAAGGAUGGUGUAUGGAGCUCAGACACGCCGUCGACCUGACGUUGAAUAUUUUCAACUCUCUUGGCAGCAAUGAGUAAGCCUCAAGAAUUACACAGUGCAACAACAUGAACACUACGUCUGCCAGAUUGUAAUUGCAUAAUAACGAUCAUUAGGAAUAUGCAGCUGCUUCGUGAUAUCAAACAGCUGAUGCUCUUCAACACAUACUCAGACCGCUGAUCCAUGUUACUAUUUGCCAGCAGCUAUGACAAUAGAGAAAAUAUCCCUAGAUCUCACAGGGGCUGGAGUGUCUGACCUCUGAAUAUUAACCAUCUCAGUGUAAGCCAGAGCUUUUUGGCUUAUUAAAAGCACAAAUGUCUUCUGUAUCAUAUAUCUGUUGCUGUGAUGCUGUGAUUUUUUAUUUAUUUAUUCCCAUUUAAAAAAGACAAACGCAAAUCCCUGAUCUCUUUGGGAGAAUAAACUGUAUUUUUGUAUAAUGUGAACUGCUGGCACUGCUUUGAGCAGGGUUAGUGCAUCAACCUGGGAAAAAACUGUGCGAGAUUUGAUGUUUUAACUUUAUUUACAUGUUGACCAUGUAAUUGCUGAAGUGUUUUUUGGAAUUUACAUCAUGCUGGGGGGAAAAUAAUAAUGUCUCAGGCACUGACUUCAGAAAACUUUCAAAUGUCUGUUGUGUAACAAAUUGCUUAUGAGAUAUUUGUGGUGACUUUUUUUAUGUGUUCUUGAUUUGCUAUUGCCGGGGGGGACAAAUGCAGUUUUGCUCAUUACUGUUGUGUAAAACUGGGAUGAAAUCCAUGAACAAAGUAAUGAACUGAUGCUGGGUUUUUCUCUUGCACCCAGGUGACUGCCUAUAUGACAUUUUGAACUGUGGAGUUCACGGCCACUGGUGGCUUAUAAUAAGCAAUAAAUAGCCUACACGUUGGGUUGAGUGGAGCAAAUAA